CCCCGCCGCUGCCGGCCCAGCGCGCAGGCGCGGCGGCGCCGCUGCCGGGGCUCUGUCCGCCGCCGUGGCCCGGCGGGCUGCGGCGGGGGCCGGCGGCGGCAGCAGCAUGCGGCAGUCCCUGACUCAGCAGCGCCCGGGCGGCGUAGCCCUGCCCGACUCUGUCGGGUCGUUCAAUAGAAGAAAAAGAAAUUCCCUCUACGUAACUGUGACUCUCCUCAUUGUGUCAGUAUUAAUUCUAACGGUGGGCCUAGCUGCUACAACAAGAACCCAAAAUGUGACUGUUGGAGGUUAUUACCCAGGGGUUAUUCUUGGUUUUGGGUCAUUUCUUGGAAUAAUUGGAUCAAACUUGAUAGAAAACAAAAGGCAAAUGCUGGUUGCAUCGAUCGUCUUCAUCAGCUUUGGCGUCAUUGCUGCGUUCUGCUGUGCCAUAGUAGACGGUGUCUUUGCUGCCAGACACAUAGAUCUGAGGCCACUGUAUGCGGGGCGAUGUCAGUACUACUCCAAGAGUACGACCCCACCGGAGGCAAUCUGUCACCCACAGCGCCGUGCACCCUGCACGCCGAAAAUAAAAACCAACACCUGCUUCUGCUGUGACCUGUACAACUGUGGAAACAGAGUAGAGAUUUCUGGAGGCUACUACGAAUACAUUGAUGUCAGCAGCUGCCAGGACAUCAUUCACCUUUACCACUUGCUGUGGUCAGCAACAAUUCUGAACAUAGUGGGGCUAUUCCUAGGGAUCAUUACAGCAGCGAUACUUGGAGGCUUUAAAGACAUGACUCCUUCCCUCCCUACUCUGAACUGUACGGUUGAAAAUGCGCACCCUUCGGUGUCCUACUACUCGAGGCCACAAGUGGCGUCUUACAACACCUAUUACCACAGCACUCCUCACCUGCCUCCCUACUCUGCGUAUGACUUUCAGCAUUCCAGCGUGUUUCCAGCCUCCACUCCUUCUGGCCUCUCUGAUGAUCCCCAGACAAUGUCACCAUCUCCCAGCUAUAUGUGGUCCUCAAACGCACCGCCUCGUUACUCGCCACCGUAUUUUCCACCUUUUGAAAAGCCACCACCUUAUACACCGUAAAGAAUGUGGGAAAGAAAAAAAAAUUGCCAUUGAAAUAAUUGCGAACAUUUUGUAUUUAUAUUUUACUGUGGGAGGGAGCAGGAGGAUAGGUACAGAAGAUAAUUGCAAAUACAAGUGUUAGGUUGGACUGUGCUUUCUUGCGAGACUUAUUUCAGAGGUUUAACAACAGACUAUGAGGAAGGGGACGUACUGCUGAUGUUUUGCAGUGUCGGGGAGUAGUGGGUGGCCUAAAUUCCAGCCUCCUUGUUUUACCACGAGGUUCCUCUAGUCCUUGGUUUUUAAUAAAGCGAUACAACACAGA